AUGCGAGUUCUACCGCAAGGGCUUGGGAAAUCCAAGCCAUCAUUCCUCCUGUUACUGCUUCUGAUCAUUGCCAUCGCUGCUCAAGUGUCUGCCGUGCCGGCCGACGAGACAACAACAGAUACCGAUGCGGCUAAGACCACCGACGAUCUCUCCACCACUCAAACGACCUCUAGUGUGAGUGAGACCACAUCUUCAACCACUUCCACAUCGAAAUCAAAAUCCACGAGCACCACCUCCGCCGAAUCUACAGACACAACCAUGGAUACAACCACCACAUCCUCUGAAUCCUCCACGACGUCCGACAGCACUACAACGACAUCAUCCGUCUCCACGACAACGGAAUCAUCAACAUCCUCCUCCACCACAACUGACGCCGCCAUUGUGACGAUACCGCCAAUAGCCAACGCCCCAUAUAUGCAAGAGAGCAAUGCCCCAGAAGGCACAGUGUUCAUCGCCGUCGGCGCUGCGCUAGGGCUAAUCGGCCUAAUUCUGCUCGCAUGGCACGCAAUGGUCGCAUGGUCCGUAAACCGCUCAGUACGGCGCGCUGCCGUGAUGCACGCCUCGGAAUCGAAGCGCCUCCUCCGCGGCAGCAGAAAGAAGCGAUCAAUUCCCUACUCCGCCGCCCCAGCGACCGACGUAUCCCUUCACAAACUCGGCGCCGCAACUCGCGCAAGCUACAAGCCCAACCGUGUCCCGAGCGCAAACAGCGGUCUUUUCUUUUCUCCUACUGCAGGCGGUCCCUCUGCAUCGCAUGCCAGUUUACACGCUGCAGGAAGCGCAGGCAAUCGAGCCUCAACAUACCUACCUGCUGGAUACUACGCUGCUGCCGGUAGCUCCAACCCCGCUCCAGAUCCUCUACACUCACCCACUGCUGGCCUCUCGUCGCCUUCCCUGCCUCCGGCUGGUGUCUAUCAUGAUUCGCAUAAUCAGCGCCAUUCUUAUGUGGGUGCCUCGACGAGUUCGUUGAAUCUGAAUCAAGCGCCGCAGGGUCGUGCUCCUAGCGCAUAUCUUGAGGAUCUGUUUGAGAGCCAUGUUCCUCACAGCUCUGAUUCGGGCCGUCGGUAA